AUGAUCUGCUCCCUGCCUCCUACCUCUCCAGCUCAGUUUGGUGUUAGUCCACUCCAGGAAGAACAAAGAAUUCCAAGUAGUAUAAAUAUGAAGAGACCCAUGUCCGGAUACAUCAUAGUAAAAAUGCUGAGGGCCAACGUCAAAGAGAAGGUCUUGAGAAAGUCAAGAGAAAUGGAAACGAGGGGGCGGUGGGCACGCGCUUGGAAGGCUGCAGGCGCCACGGGCAGAGUGAGAAACGGCGGAAACACCCAGCAGCCGCGGGGACGAAAGCAGCCAGGGGAUCCCGCCGCCGCCUGCGCAGCCAUAGCGGUCAUGGGCGCCCGGCGGCCCCCUUGCCAAGUCCGCGUGGGAAGUCAGGUGGCGCGGAGGAAGCCGGCGGCCGCCCGGCGGGAUGCCGCAAGGUUGCGACGGAAGCGCUGGUGGCGGCGGGCCCGGGAGGCUGGCUCCAGAGGCCCGCUGCCAGCCCCGAAGCUGCCGGCGCCCGCCGCGUCCCCAGGCGAGUUGGACCUGGGCGCGCAGCGGGAGCGCUGGGAGACGGUCAGGAAGCGGCGGGGCCUCAACUGCGAGGGCGCCGCCAAGUUCCUGCUGGACACCUUCGAGUACCCGGGCCUGGUGUACCACACCGGCGGCUGCCACUGCGGCGCGGUCCGCCUCGCCGUCUGGGCCCCCGCAGACCUGCGCGUGGUCGAUUGCAGCUGCAGGCUGUGCAGGAAGAAGCAGCACCGGCACUUCCUCGUCCCCGCCUCGCGCUUCACUCUCCUGCUGGGCGCCGACAUCGUCACCUACCGAUCCCACACGCACCCGGCGCUGCACAGCUUCUGCAGCAGGUGCGGGGUGCAGAGUUUCCACGCGUCUGUCCCUGACCCCGGGGUUUACGGCGUCGCCCCGCACUGCCUGGACUCGGGCACCGUGCGCAGUGUAGUCAUCGAGGAGGUGGACGGUGGCGACUGGGGGGAGGAGGCCACGAAGGAGCUCAAGGCCAUCCAGAACGCGUCCCCCGAGUGAGCCCUUGCCUCUCCCCUCGAAGAGGGGCAAUGACUCGGGCCGCCACACGCCUGAAACGUGCCCGGUGCCCCUCGAGGGGCCACCUCAGUGCUUGUGAAGGAAUUACUCUAUGAAAGAGAUCAGUUUCUGGACUGGGGAAGCCUUGAUGUCGCGCCAAGCUUCCACCCCUUCCCUCUCAGUGUAUUUCAACGGACUUGCUUAUAAUCAAAAAACUGAGCACACAUGUGUCUGCGAACAGCCCUAAUCUUCCAAUCCAGUCAGCAAGCAGUGUCUCUAGCUUUUCAGGUCGCCUUGCAUAAACGCUCACUUGUAUUAUUCUUCCUACAGUUCUCACAGAUCAUUUUCACAUUAUUCAUAUGUGCUGUACCGUUAUGGUGCUAUUGUGAGCAAGAUUGUUUUUUAAUGGUCGCAUCUGGCGUGUAAGACCACUCACUAUAUCCAAACUCCUUGUGAACCUUUAUGAAGACGUUUUCUAUUGAUUAUCGGUGUGCGUGUGUGUGUUAGGUACGCACUCACGUUUUCGCUACUUAGAGAUGUGCAUUAUUUUCGGCCACAUUGUUUAUUUAAUGUAUGUGUAUAUAGUAGGUUUAAGGUUCAUGGGUGUUACAUGCCUCAUUGCACGUUUGUUUUCAAAUGAUGUUGCCAAUUUGCUUGGUUUUGUUGUAGAAACUGCCUCUGGGAAGGGCGAUGGGGAGACACCAAGUAUGCCCUCUUUGAUGUUUUGAAAUUCCUGUCUUGUACAUGUGUUAGGUAUUCAGAUAAAGUGUUCAGAAAUAAGUACCUAAUAACUA